AUGCGCUCGCUUGUCAACCUUCUACUCCUUGCUGGAGCCGCGGCGGCUGCCGUCAUCACUCCGCCCCGAAGUGACACUUUGGGCUUCACUGCGCCUGCCCCCGGCGAGGUCAAGAUCCUCAACGUGACGGCCAUUGGUUCGGGCUGCCCUGCCGGCCAUGCAUAUGUCAACGUCGACGCCACGGCCACCAUCUUCGACGUCGCCUUUGACGAGUACAUCGUGGCCGUCGGCCCCGGAACCAGCGUGUCCGAUAGCCGCAAGAACUGCCGCAUCAGCAUCAACCUGCAGUUCCCGUCCGGUUAUCAGUUCUCCAUCAUCGAGACACGCUUCACCGGUUAUGCUAGCCUGGCGGAAGGGCAGACUGGCACCUGCCGUGCUGGCUACACCUUCUCUGGCGACAACAGCCAGGAGGUCGUGUUCCAGAAGAACCUCGUCGCCCCGUACGAAGACAACUACAACCUCCUCGCCGGCGUCGGCGUCGAGUCCUUCUCCCCCUGCGGCAGCACCACGGCCAUCCUGAAUGUCAACUCGGAGAUCCGCAUCACACCCCUCAGUACCCCCAACAAAGGAACCAUGACGGUGAGAACCCCUAACAAGGCCAAGUUGCAAUGGCGCCGCUGUGAUUCCUCUUCCUGA